AUGGACCGCCAGUUGCUGCGCGGCUACGUUGCCUUCCUCGCCACGGUCGGCAGAUCGGACGGCGCGCGACCUGCGGGGUACGCCCGAGUCAGCAUCGUCCGCAAACUCACCGCGCUCCGGACUUUCUACAACUUCCUCGUCCAGGAGGGCUGGUUCCAGUCCACACCGGUACCGUCGGCCCGCUCUUUCCCCGUCAAGGUGGAAAAACCGCUGCCCAGCUUCUUGGGUAAGCAGGAAGCCACCCGGCUACUUGCCGCCCCCGACGACGAUAACCCGGCCGGGCUCAGGGACCGCGCGAUACUGGAAGUCCUUUACGCCUGCGGCGUUAGACUUGCAGAAUUGCAGGGCAUGGAUUUGGGGGACGUUUACCACGACCGCCGGGAAAUUCUGGUCCGUGGCAAGGGCGAUAAAGAACGGUGGACCCUGUACGGCACCCCCGCGGAGGAAGCGCUGGACCGUUACCUCGAAGACGGCCGGCCUCAUUUUGCCGCCACCAGCGACCACGGCGACCCAUUAUUCGUCAAUCGUUAUGGUGCCCGCCUCUCCCGCCGGAGCAUCGAGAAGAUCGUCCGCGACUACGCGGCCCGCGCCGGCCUCAAGGAAGGCAUCCACACCCACACCCUGCGUCACAGCUUCGCCAGCCACAUGCUCGAGGGCGACGCCGACCUCCGCGUGAUCCAGGAACUCCUGGGGCACAGCAGCGUUUCCACCACCCAGCUGUACACCCACAUCACCAAGCAAGAAGCCCGCCGCGCCUACAUGGACUUCCACCCCUUGGCCGCUUCCUCGGAACCCGAAACACCCGUCGAAGACGACGCCACGCCUGAAGAAUGA